UCUGGUUUUGGUUUUGAAUGAAUCAUCAUCAUUUGCUUACUUUCUUCCUCACAUCUUCAUCUCUUUAUAUAGCUCCUUAAUUAGUUACCGAGAUUUACAAGGAAGCAAACUACAAUGUCUGGCGUAUCGGUCGCUGUGGCUCCUAGGUCGGAGCCUGAUAAAACCACAACUGCUGGACCAAAACACCAAGAAAAGCCGCAACGCCUACUGCACCAACAGCAGCAGCAGCCGGCUGUAGGAGGUGUCAUGGGGUCAUUGCGCGUAAUCGAGCUCCAGCUUGUGGCAUUCAUCAUGGUGUUCUCAGCCAGUGGCCUUGUCCCGCUCCUUGAUUUGAUAUUCCCAGCUUUCGCCUCUGCCUAUCUCUUAGUUUUGUCACGCUUGGCCUUCCCAUCACAUGGUCACGUCUCUUCUGGCUCGCAGGAGAUUUUCCAAGGAAGCAAAUUCUUCAGGCUGUAUGUGAUUGCGGGAACUACGGUUGGACUGUUCUUGCCUCUGGCUUAUGUGUUGGGUGGUUUUGCAAGGGGUGAUGAGCACGCUGUGCGCUCAGCAACACCUCACUUGUUCUUGCUCUCCUUUCAGAUUCUGACUGAAAAUGUCAUAAGCGGUUUGUCACUAUUUUCGCCACCAGUUAGAGCGCUUGUUCCGUUGCUAUACACAGUUAGGAGAAUCUUCGUCAUCCUUGAUUGGGUGAAUGAUGUCUGGCUUAACAAGACUCUUCCUGCAAAUGCACAUGUCAAGGAUGUUGCAUGGUUUUGGUUUGGGAGGACGUUGGCUGUGGCCAACUUCUCAUAUUUCGCUCUCAAUCUGUUCGGGUUUUUGAUUCCUCGGUUUCUUCCAAGGGCCUUUGAGAAGUACAUCCGGGAGGGGGAUGAAGUUCAUUCCAAGACUGCAGAGGACAAGCGCUCAGCAGCACUAAAUAAAUCGGAAUCAGCUCCGGCAGAUAAGAAGGCUGACUGAUUUCUUGCCUGCUCGGUGUCGUUGCUAUACAUUUAUGUUUGUAGAGCCUACCUAUCAGCUUCUCACUUGGACCUCAAGCAAUUCUCUGUUUAAUUAAACUUUGUAGUUUCCUUCAGUGGUUUGUUGUAGUGCUCUAUGCACGGAUUAUGAAUCCA